GUGAGUUGCACAGAACCAGGGACCAGUUCAAGUCAGGACACCACUCCUGAUCUAAAUGUAAGUUUUUCCUCACAGUUGUUGAUGUACCUGUAUCCCUUUUUUCUUCCAAUGACUGUGUGAAAUACACUCUUUUUUUGCCCAGACAAAUUAAUAACACCAGGUAUUUUUUAGGUGAGUUGCACAGAACCAGGGACCAGUUCAAGUCAGGACACCACUCUUGAUCUAAAUGUAAGUUUUUCCUCACAGUUGUUGAUGUACCUGUAUCCCUUUUUUCUGCCAAUGACUCUGUGAAAUACACUCUGUGAUACAUAUCUUGCCCAGAUAAAUUAUUAACACAAGUUUUUUUUUUAGGUGAGUUGCACAGAACCAGGGACCAGUACAAGUCAGGACACCACUCCUGAUCUAAAUGUAAGUUGGUAGUCAUGUUCCAUGAAUGGCAUGACAGUAAACAUGUAGUCCUGACAACAGUCUGGAACCACAUGCAAGCUAAAUUCAUGCAACGAAUGAUAACAAGCUAAUGCAAAAUUAUAUCAAGGUGCAUGUUAUAGCCUUUGGAGGUCUCCCUGAUUUACAUGUAGUAUUGAACUAAAUGUACAUGCAUUUAGUUAAAAGACCUACUUUAGAACUUCAAUUUCACAACUCAUGGCAACUGUUAUUCAGAUCUUGUGUGACAAAAUGGCUAAUGUUAAUUUUUUAAAGGUACAACAUAAGUCUGUGCAAACCCUAACUGACUCGACACAAAGCAAACUACUACGAGAAACAGAGGUUCUGCAAGGGAAGCUUGCAACUACACGUCAGGCCCUCCAGAGACAGACUGCAAAAAAUAAAUACCUCAAGAAAAAAGGUAGUGUAAGAUAAGACUUGACAAGUGUAAUUCAUGACUUAUACCAUCAUAAUGCCUGCGCAGCAGUCAAUCAGAGCACCUGUACUAUUGUAACCAUAAUUAUAAUAAAAUAAUGUUCAGAACAAAUAGGUGGUGAGUAGUGAGUUUUUUCUGGCAUAUUUUCGGGGUCUAUUUAUGUUUUGAAGUAUUUUUCAGGGUUGAACAUUUUCAUGCCUUGGUAUUUUCAGGCCAUUUUUUCAGAUCUUGUGGCAUGCAUUGCUAUCUUUUUCACCUAAAGUGCUUCUCUACUAACCCAACAUAACUGUUUUAUUUGUUUCCACUUUUAGUACAACAACUAUCAAAGAAACUGAAUGAAAAUGAAGAGAGUGAAAGGAAAUUGAGUGCUGAAGAGCAGGAGGAGGAAGAAGAGGAAGAGGGGGAUCUAGAAGAGGAAGAAGAUCAAUACGCUGAUGAGGAAACCGAUACAGAAACAACUGAAGAAGAACCUGAUUUUACUUCUGGAUCCAACUAUGAACCAGCCAGUGAGAGUGAGGAGGAUGGCGAUGCUGGGGAUUCAGAUGUUGAUGAAGUUUUUAAAUCGACCCGGUUAGAAGACAUACUUUUUUUGCUAAGUGAUAGCUGACCACCAUUCCUUGAUAUUGAGUAUAACAAGCUUGUAUACAAGGGUCAGCUAUUGACGAUUGUAGCUUAAGCCUUUAUAUUUGCUUUCAGAGUCAAAUCACCAAAAGAUGGCAACCUUAGGACCAAGCCGAAAUUUAUUGUCUUCCUAUCACAGCUGAUGUUGCUGUUCCAGUCGUGCCACUUUUGCAAGGGCAAGAAUCCACCAGAAGUUGAAGCUCAACAGAUUGGUACCAAAGCUGUCAUCACCACUGUCUGCACAAAUCCAGGAUGCUGUGCAGCCAAAUAUGCCAGGUACGAAACUUCCUGCUGGGAAUUUUCUUCUUUGCAUGUCCAUCCUGUUCGCUGGUGGUUCAAUAACAAAAAUAAGACAGAUCUUCAACCAUAUGGGUUUGGCAUGUGUAUCAGUGAACACCUUCUUCAAACAUCAAAGAGUGAGUUAAAAUUAACAUUUACCUUGUGUUGUGAUGUGCUGAAACCAAAAAAGAAUCAUUAUUCUUGGUUUGCAACCAUGUGACAAAGCUGCCAUUUUAGAUGACAAAACAAUAUAAUUUUUUUUACAGAAUUUGCAUGAAAAAAGAGUUUAGUUCCCAGGGAAGAGAUACAAUUUUAUUCUUGUAAUCCAGCAUGGCCGCCAUGACGUCAGCUGCAAACCAGCAAUAAUAUUAGUUUUGUCUCAAUUUGUAACAGAGCACCUGUUCAUUAGACAGGUCUGUAAUAAAAAAUAUUAGAUAAUUUUUUUAUAUUAGUAAACUCAAUUCCCUCUUUGUUCUGAAAAUAUCUGGUGUUUCAUUUUUUCAUACUUUUCAGAGUCAUCUGUUCCCUACUGUGCACCUCUUCUGGAAAGAUUAUCAAACCAGGCUACUGGCAAAGCUGAAGGAUCUUGGUACUGGCCUUGUACUUGCAGGCGAUGGGCGUCAUGACAGUAUGGGGCACUGUGCCAAGUUUGGUGCAUACACCAUAUUAUGUUGUACAGCCAUUCCAUCCAUAAUCCAUUUUGCACUUGUACAGGUAUGCACAACAUGGAUGGCUACAAUA